AUGUCCGUCUCAGCAGCAUUGAAGAGUCGAGUUCGGAGGCCGAGUUAUCUUAAGAAGCUUGCCAAAGCGGAAGAUUUACUACACCACUUUCCCAAUGGAGCAUACAUUGGUUGGAGUGGCUUCACAGGUGUGGGAUACCCAAAGAAAAUCCCCACGGCGCUGGCGGACCAUGUUGAGAAGAACAAUCUUCAGGGCCAGAUGAAGUACAACCUCUUCGUCGGUGCUUCGUCAGGCGCCGAAACAGAAAAUCGAUGGGCGCGACUCAACAUGAUUGAGCGCCGAUCUCCGCAUCAAGUGGGCAAGGAAAUCGCCAAAGGAAUUAACAAUGGUAACAUCAAGUUCUUCGACAAACAUUUGAGUAUGUUUCCCGUCGAUCUGAUGUACGGAAUGGACAGUACUGAUUGGACAAGCUUCUACACAUUGAACAAGCCUCAGAACAAGCUGGACGUGACUAUUGUCGAAGCGUCUGCAAUUACUGAGGACGGUGGCAUUAUUCCUGGCGCCAGUGUAGGCGCUUCGCCCGAGCUUGUCCAAAUGGCCGACAAGAUUAUCAUUGAAGUCAACACUGCCGCUCCUUCGUUUGAGGGUCUACAUGACAUUACCAUGACUGACCUCCCACCACGCCGCAAGCCUUACCUGAUCAUGUCUCCUGAAGACCGCAUCGGCACACCUCACAUCCCUGUGGACCCGGAAAAGGUGGUUGCCAUUGUGGAGAGCGACUACCCAGAUCAGACACAGCCCAACGCUGCCGAGGAUGAAACCUCGAGGGCCAUUGCUGCGAACCUGAUUGAGUUUUUGAAGCAUGAGGUCAGCCAUGGCCGCCUGCCGGAGAAUCUAUUGCCUCUUCAGUCCGGCAUUGGAAACAUUGCCAACGCCGUUGUUGGUGGUCUUGCUUCUGGCGGUGCAAACUUCAAGAACCUCAAGGUAUGGACUGAGGUUCUCCAAGACUCUUUCCUGGACCUUUUCGAUUCUGGAAACCUCGACUUUGCAACGGCUACGUCAAUUCGUUUCUCACCUGACGGUUUCGACCGCUUCUACAAGGGAUGGGAGCAGUAUGCGCCUAAGCUUUUGCUCCGCUCCCAGCAAGUAUCCAACAGCCCUGAGAUUAUCCGACGUCUUGGUGUUAUUGGUAUGAACACGCCUGUAGAGGUGGAUAUUUACGCACACGCCAACUCUACCUGCGUUAUGGGCAGCCGCAUGCUCAACGGUCUUGGAGGCUCUGCAGAUUUCCUGCGCUCUGCUAAGUACUCGAUUAUGCAUACACCAUCGACUCGCCCAUCAAAGACGGACCCUACGGGUGUGUCUUGCAUUGUGCCCAUGUGCACUCACAUUGACCAGACGGAGCAUGACCUCGACGUUGUCGUAACUGAGCAAGGUCUUGCUGAUGUGCGCGGACUGUCGCCCAGGGAGCGUGCCCGGGUUAUUAUUAAGAAGUGCGCCCACCCUGACUACGUUCCUAUUUUGGAGGAUUACUUCAACAAGGCGGAAUUCGAGUGCCUGAGGAAGGGAUGGGGCCAUGAGCCUCACCUGCUGUGGAACAGCUUCGAUAUGCAUAGGCAUUUGAACGAGCAUGGUACCAUGAAGCUGCCCAAGUGGGACUACUACAACCGCAGCUCGUAG